AUGUUCGACAUACUCGAAGCCGACAUUGUCGUAUUACAAGAGACCAAGAUCCAGCAGAAAGAUCUGACGGAUGACAUGUCCGCUUGUGCGCCUGUCAAGGCUGAAGAGGGAAUCACUGGUAGUCUCUGUCCUCCGAACUCGUCGACGCCCUUCUCGCAGCUGCAAGCAAACGAGCAGAUCGGCGGCUACCCUUCUAUGGCUCAGCUCUCAAGGUCUGCCGUAGAUCUGGCUGCUCUUGACGCGGAAGGUCGGGCAGUAAUACUUGAGUUUAAAGCCUUUGUUCUCAUUGGUGUGUACUGUCCUGCGAACAGUGAUGGGACAAGGGACGACUUUCGACUAGGUUUUCUGGAGGCUCUCGAUGCACGGGUGCGGAAUUUAAACGCGAUGGGGAGACGUAUCUUUCUGACAGGAGACUUGAACAUUUCGAGAGAAGAGCUUGACACCGCAAAUGCUGAAGCAUCCAUGCGCAAACAAGGAUUAUCGAAUGUUGAGUAUAUCUCUACCCCUUCGCGGCGUCUGCUCAGCCAGCUGCUAGAAGGGGGAAGGGUCUAUGGCGAUCGGGAUGAAGGACGAGACUCUCCGAUUCUUCAUGACAUUUGUCGCGUAUUUCAUCCUAAUCGCAAGGGCAUGUUUACUUGCUGGGAGCAAAAGGUCAACGCUAGACCAGCCAAUUGUGGAGCUAGGAUCGACUACGUCUUGUGUAGUUUAGUGAUGAAGACUUGGUUCCGUGAAUCGAAUAUUCAGGAGGGUCUCAUGGGAUCAGACCACUGCCCGGUCUAUGCAAUCAUGAACGAUACUAUUGACAUAGACGGUCACUCGAUAGUCACCAAAGACGUCAUGAAUCCGCCUGGCAUGUUUCUGGAUGGGAAACGACAGCGAGAAUAUGCGAGUAACAAGGAUCUGUUACCCACAUCCGGCCGACUUAUCCCUGAGUUCUCAGGCCGUCGGAAUAUACGGGAUAUGUUCUCUCGUAAAACGCCAGCCCCGCUAACCAAAGAGGACAGUAACUCUGACAUCGGUAGGAUUCCAGGGAUAGAGACGUCAAAAAUUUCAAGCACACAUGAUAUAAAUCUUAGUAGCUCACGGCGAGUGCCUAUGCCCGUCCAGACCAGAAGAAAACGGGAAUCAGAGUCUGGCGCAUUGAACAAACGAUUCAAAACAUCAAAUAAUGCAAUAGCUAAAGCCCAAGGUAGCACGGGUCAGCAAAGCCUGAAAGGAUUUUUGAAAAAUGAAAAUAGCCCACAAGCUUCUCGAACACAAUCAAGCCAUGACACUCCAGAGCCUUUGGACAAAGGUAUGUCUCCCACUAGGAGUAAUCUGAAGCCUCAAAACACCAUUAACGCACCGCUGGUGUCUUCUGAGGCCGCCCAGACCCAAAUUCGGUCUCGUAAGGGGGGCAAUUCAGAUCCAAUUAUUGCACCUCCACGAACACUUUCACCUACUAAUAGUUGCCAUCCUAUACAUGAUCCAAUCGAGAACAAAGAAUCUUGGUCAAAAUUAUUCACCAAACCGGUAGCACCUCGAUGCGAAGGUCACAGCGAGCCGUGCAUUACCCUUCUAACGAAAAAGCCAGGCAGGAACCUUGGCCGUUCGUUCUGGAUCUGUCCUCGACCCUUAGGCCCGUCAGGUGCAAAGGAAAAGAACACACAAUGGCGAUGUCAAACGUUCAUCUGGAAACUCAACCAGAACGAGAAGGACUUCUUUGAAGCUCUCGGAUACUUCACCCUUGAAGAUGUACUUUACAUGGAAUAUGUUGAUAGCUGGGAUGUCAUAGGAAAGGCAAAGGUGCUUAGAAAAGACCAUGAUAUCGAAAAUCUAUGCUUAGCUGAUCUAAUCGAGACAUUUAAGCAGCUUGAGAGACUGAGUAACCACCCAGAUCUCUUUCCAGAUAUCCAAAUCAAGGAUGAAUUCUGGCGCCAUAUACAUAACUUCACCCUUCCCUUGGGAGAGACAGAUAUCAGCAGCCUAAUUUACGACGAAGAUGAUCGUCACGAUAUACUUGAUGCUGCUAAGGCAUUUCACGAGCGCCUUGAGCAACCUAAGGAAAGUGAUCCUUCCCGUCAAGACUGGGAACAAUAUUUGCACAACAAGGCGCCUGGAUUUGGGGCUACGUUUUCUCGAGAGCCUUUGGCAAGCCUACAAUUAAUGCCUAUGGCUGGCCUCCGAUUGAUGAAUACAAUCAAUGCGGAAAAUAAGCUUGAGGAUCUCAAUGAAGACAUCACGACUAUCUAUGCAGAAAGCGCCGAAGCGGAGGAUCCUCCGCCAGGUGCAAGAUGGAGAAAUCCAAUGUUCUUUGUAAUUCGUGAGAAAUAUGAUAAAUACAAGCUAAGAAAAGGGAUAAAGGAGACAGAGCCUAGGUACAUUUAG